AUGGGUGCCUCCGCGCCAAAUACAGAGUCGCCCUUGAUAGUCGGUGCCUUGAAGAACAAAGGUGCCACUUUCUCAUGGCUUUCAAAUGCUGGUAUUGUUAAAUUGAACUUGAUGCUCCUUAUUUUUCAGAUAUCAAGUUAUGCUACGGGUUAUGAUGGCUCUAUGAUGAAUGGGCUUCAAUCCCUCACCACCUGGCAGGAUUCAUUCAACAACCCUGGAGCCUCUGAGCUUGGCCUUUUGAACGCAAUACAAAAUGUCGGUCAGCUCGUUACCAUGCCAAUCUGCGCCUUCAGCUGCGACAGGUUUGGCCGUCGCCCAGUGCUUUUUGUCAGCGCUUUUAUCCUCUUGAUAGGAGUCGCGCUCCAGGCUGCAGCACAGAAUGUCGGAAUGUUUAUCGCGGCGCGAGGUAUCAUCGGCAUGGGUCUUGUCCUCAACAUCACCGCGGCACCACUUUUACUUCUGGAGCUAGCAUAUCCUCGCCAGCAGGGGCCUCAGGUAGCAGUCUACAACAGUCUCUGGAACCUGGGCGCCUUGGCAGCCGCGUGGAUUACGUUCGGUACCUUUCGGAUUGAGAGUACCUGGGCCUGGCGCAUCCCAUCGCUUCUACAAGGUCUCUCAAGCGUAAUUCAGAUUGGGCUUUGCUUCUUGGUUGAAGAGUCACCGCGAUGGCUUAUUAGCAAAGAACGUGACGAGGAAGCAAGGCGGCUGAUUUGUAAAUAUCAUGCCAACGGCGACGAGUCGGAUCCCCUUAUCAUUCUCGAAAUGGAAGAGAUUCGUACCGCUCUUCGCCUCGAGGCUGAGGCAAGACGCAAUACAUCUUAUUUGACAUUCUUCCAAACCAAGGCUAAUCUCAAACGGUUUUUCAUCAUUUUGUGUGUUGGAUUCUUCUCGCAAUGGAGUGGCAACGGUCUCAUUUCGUAUUAUCUUACUUUGAUUCUUGACUCAAUCGGCUACCAGGCCGAGAGCACUCAGACACUUAUCAACGCACUACUUGCACUGUGGACAUUGAUCUGGAGUGUCAUUUUUGCCGCUUUGAUGAACAGGUUCGGUCGACGUACUCUUUUCCUUAUUUCCACCGCUGGUUCGCUCGCUGUGUAUGUCGUCUGGACAGGUCUUGAGGCCACCUAUGAAAAGAAGACAGCGCUGGACGGGACGGGAGGUGAUGGCUACGCCAAGGGAGUUUUGGCCAUGAUCUUCUUGUUCAACUUCUUCUAUUCAGUCGGAUGGACGCCCUUGCAGGUAACGUAUUGUAUUGAGAUCCUGCCCUUUGACUUGCGUGCCCGGGGUCUUGUACUGUACAAUUUAUUCGUCGCCCUUGCCAACAUUUUCAAUCAGUAUGUGAACCCAAUUGGCGUGACAAACAGCAAGUGGAAGUAUUACAUUACCUAUGAUGUUUGGCUGUUGUUUGAACUUGUUGUGGUAUACUUUCUUUUUGUGGAAACGGGAAAUCUCAGUCUGGAAGAAACUGCCGUUAUUAUGGAUGGACAGGAGUAUGAGAAUAGACUGAUUGAAGGGGCGGUAUCCGGGGCUGAGAAGAAGCUUCAUCAGGAACCGAAGCGCGAUGUAGCAGUUGAGACUAAGGCACUGCCGAGCGAUGGAUAG